CUGUCAAUCCGCAGACUUGUACGUAUUCUAGCCUGAAAUUAUCUCUAUCAGGCCAGCUCAUCGUUGAUGAUAAGCUCCUCUCAUAGCACGGGGCUGCAUAAUAUGACCGUACAACGGAGAGCACACCAGCAAACAAUGGAACGGCGGCCCACAUGAUGCCACUCGAGGCGCGUCCGCCUUUCAUUUGGGCCAUGCCUCGCCACAAGGCAUCGGAUGCAAAUCUCGCGUAUCUAUAAGAUGCGGUGGCGCGCGAUCUUCUGUUCUUUUGCCCAUCUCCGUCACUCGUUCGAGAUACCCCGCGGCGCCGCCGUCCGUGAGAUCAGGUCCCCCGUCCCCGCGACGUCAAAAACAAAAGCCGAGCCUCGUGGCACGAUGGAUUCCCCCACUUCGCCGACAUUCCCUUCGGCCCCUGGCGCGCCUGUCAAGGCGAUGAACAGUCACGUCGUCGUCGCCUGUACUCCGGGGCGGCAGUCGGGACUGCAAACGGCCUCCGUCAUGCUACAGAAUCCGCAUCUCGCGUCGCUGUGAGUUCUGUUCUAUCGCGCCACCGAGCCGCCACUCAGCUUAGAUACUGAUCUCGCUCUCAGCCCUCAUGGACGAGCUCAACC